CUAAUUCACAAGCUCAAUUGCUCUCUUUCUCAUACGUAAACAACAAGAAACACACAUUAAUCAAAAGCUAACCCCAUCCAUGCAAGUCUCCAAGGAUCUAAACGAUCUUACGCUGGCGUGCCCUCCAAGAAAGCCAAGGGAGAGGAGUCCGAGACCUUAUUCCGAGGUGUUGAGAAGCAAGCGACCACCGAUGCUUAACCUAGGACGUUUGUUUCCGACGGUUGUUGAACCGUGGGGAAGCGCAGCGGAGAGGAGGACGCCGCCGCGGGAUGAGGAUGUUGAAGCUGAGAAAGAUGGAGUUUACUCCGUUUACUGCAAGAGAGGAAGACGCCGACCAAUGGCGAUGGAAGAUCGGUACUCCGCGGUGGUUGAUCACGACGGGGGAGGGCGUAGAAAGGCUUUCUUCGGCGUUUACGACGGUCACGGUGGUUCCAAAGCCGCGGAGUUCGCGGCGGAGAAUCUCGGUAACAACAUUGAGGCGGCGGUGGCGGCCGCCGCGAGAUCCUCCGGAGAUGAAGGUUACUCGAUUGAGAGAGCCAUAAGAGAGGGUUACCUCAAGACGGACGAGGAGUUCUUGAGAGAAGGCUCAAAAGGCGGCGCGUGUUGUGUAACCGCUCUUAUAUCUAACGGCCAGCUUGCGGUUUCAAACGCCGGUGAUUGUCGGGCGGUGAUAAGCCGCGCUGGAGUUGCGGAAGCUCUUACUACGGAUCACAGUCCUGAUCAAGAACAUGAACUCAAAAGGAUUCGAGCAUCGGGUGGUUAUGUUGACUGCUGUCACGGCGUGUGGAGAAUUCAAUGGACAUUAGCCGUUUCACGAGCAAUUGGAGACCAGAAUCUCAAGGAGUGGGUAAUAGCUGAACCGGAAACUAGAACAUUAAAGAUUAGACCGGAAUUGGAGUUCUUGAUCUUAGCAUCUGAUGGCCUUUGGGAUACGGUAACAAACCAGGAGGCGGUUGAUGUAGUUCGACCGUACUGCAUAGGCGUGGAGAAUCCAAAAACACUUCCUGCUUGCAAGAAACUAGCCGAGCUAUCGUCUACAAAAGGGAGCUUGGAUGACAUUAGUGUAAUCAUAAUUCAGCUACAACAGUUUGUGGCAUGAUUCUAAUAUUUAGCUAAACUUGAUUAAAAUCACUAGGUCUUGAGUUAUUGACAAUUAUGUUGCAUAUAAGUUUCAAACAUUAAUCAAUAUUAUUAU